AUGGCUAAUGGCAAUAGCACUCUGCAGGAUAUGAAAAUUGAAUUUAAUGAUAUGUCGGUACCGUCGGAUUUUGAAACUCAGAGUGUGACUGGUCAGCUUGGCGAUUUGUAUGUUGAUGACAAAAUGCGGCGUAUGAUUGUGGACCUUCAACGACACUGGCUCACCGACUACCAUCAAUCUCGCGAGAAAGCUCUGGUUGAUCUGACUGAAAAGCUCCAUGAAGAAUUCCGGAUUGACCAGGAGAAAUGCAAGCAAGAUUUGAUGGAUCAAUUCAAAGUUGAGUUGGCUGCCACAAAAGCGGAGUUGGAACAGAAGCAUGAUGAGAGUCUCCAACAGGAAAUUAACAGAUUGAUUGAGAAACAAGGCAAAGAAUUGGCGGCAGCUAAAAAGAAGCAAUGGUGCUGGCAGUGUGAUAAGGAGGCAAUGUACCACUGUUGCUGGAACACAGCUUACUGUAGCGUGCCGUGUCAACAAGGUCACUGGACUCAACAUCGCAAGUUUUGCCGUAGAAAGAAGGGAAAUAUGGGAGCACCAGGGCCACAACCAAAACCGCAUUCAACCAUGGACAUGAUGGAAUGA